ACAAAACACCUGAAAACUGGAUGCGAAGAAGGUUCAGAGUAUAGGAAUGUUGCCACGAUAAUAGAGAAACAAAACAAUAGCAACGACCAUGGCAACAGAAGGAAGUGCAAACGGUCUUUCGUACCUUGCCUCUUGGAUGGCCGGAGGAAGUCCUCCUUUGUCCACAAAUCCCCCAGCUACGCAAGAUGAAGAGCCCAUUUCGGCAAAGAAUACUACUGUAUGUAGUCUGUCUACGUUGGAUGCUUUGGCGCGAGACGAUUUGAUUCGAGAGCUGCGGGAAAAGCUACAGAAAGAUUCGUCGAAGGCGGAUGCAACGUACACGUUGCAUGCGUGGGAGUUACGACUCUUGGUGGGGUUGCCCUCCAAUACCAGCACUACAUGUAGUACUGCCAUGAGAACAGUGUCGGCGUCGGAUGUGGCCAUUGUGGCCGAGGAAGUGGCGAGUCCAGAAAGUGAGUCGUCUUCGGUGCCACCCAUCAUGGAACCAUUGGAAACGUCUCCUGUGUUUUCCAAUUGGGACAUCACGUCCUUUUUUGGCAGUGAAGGUGACCACAAGAAUGAAAGUAGUUUGUCCUCGGAAGAAGUCCAAGCUAUCAUGAUUGCAUUGGCAGCCGAAGAGCAGGAUCCAACGAGUCGGCAGCAAUGGCCCUCGUUCACACGUCCUCAGUCCAUGGAUGCUAGACAAAUUUCCAUUCAAUCCUUUGCUACCCGAGAGGGCGAUUUGGAAAUCAUGGUCCUCUUGGAUCAGGCACUGCAAGACCAAGAUGACGUCGACACUACACCCACACGUCCCGGUCAAGUCACGGCACGACAAGUAUCCAUUCAAGAAACUACUACAAGGACAGAUACUACUAGUCCAGGUCCCGAUCCAAUAAAAAUGCAAGGUCGACAAGCUUCCGUCCGUCCGGCUGCUCCCUCCAAGUUUGUCGUGACCUUUCCAAGUGAUACGAAUCAUCACAAAGAGGAACGAGGCCUACCGAAACCUGCCACUGGCAUUCGUCGUCAAGUCUCCGUGCAGCCUUCUCACAACAAUACUACAGAGCCGGCGGUCGGCACAUCAACCUCGCGACCUCCGACGACGAAUGCCACGCAUCGUCAAGUAUCGGUGCGUCUCGAUGGAGGAGAAUCGAAACUGUCGUUUCAAUUUGUCAUUUAGAUUAUAGCACAUGGCAAGACGUGCCGUGUGAGCCAGGCAUUCGAUCGAGUGCCUGCAGGGAGACCUUGAUAUAUUUUAUAGAAGGAUUCUCUCUGCGGCUUUUCAUUACCCCACUUCACUGUCAUUCUAUGACAAUUGAGGUAGCUAUACUGUUUGCAUUAUUGCUACCACCAUUGAGAUAUCCUGUACAUCUAGACUACUGUACGUAUUGUAUUUAUUAUUUGUCAUUCCCAUUCUUCUUCUUUCUGUCUUGCUUUUUCAAGAGUGCUUCCAAUUUUCGUUUGGUUUUGGCAUGGGCUUGUUGUUCCUUGAUGAGUUUGGCUUCGAUUCGUACCAGUUUUUUGCGCGAUCGCUCUUGUUCUUGCAAGAGUUUCUUGGGUGUAGGAGACUUCUUGCGCUUGGAGGAGGAGGAUUCGCCCUCUUGUAGUUUCAUGCGCAAGACUUCCAAUUCGUUGUAAUGUCGGGUUCGUUCCGCUGCCAGGAUCUGUUCGUGUUCCUGGCGUGUCAGCAUGGCUUGUGGGCCAAACAGCAUCGUCGUGUGAGGUUCCACGAGAGGUGGUGGCUUUUUAUUCGUACUGGCGGUGGCAUGGCCAGGUUUCUUUUUGGCUUGUGGAGGUGAUUUCUUUUUCUUGGUUUCAGGUUUCUUAUUAUGCGGGGACUGUUGUUUCUUUUUCUUGGUUGGUUUUGUGGUACUAUUGGAUUGGUUGGUGUUGGUGUUGGUGUUGGUGUUGGUGUUGCCUUUGGGAGAUUGCUGCUGCAUGUGCAACUGAGCUUGCAUUUGGGCCACUUGAGACUGUGCGGCUAUUUGAGCUUGUACGGCCACCGAAGCAGCCUGCAUUUGAGCUGCUGCCAUUUGGGCUUGCAUCUGCAUUUGGGCGGCUUGCAUCGCGGCUUGUUGCGACUGUGCCUGCAUCUGGAAUUGCAUCAUCAUGGCCAUGGGCGGAGGAGGAACAAAGCCAAAGGGAAGAAGCGCCAAAUUGGGUUUCUUCUUCACUUUGGAAGGUUUCUUGCUGCUGCUCUUGCUGCUGUCUUGGAGUUUGCGCUUCUUCGUGUUGGACUCUUUCGUCUUCUCCUUUUCUUCGCCACCGGAUCCACCUACUCUCUUCUCCUUGUCCUUCUUGUCACUCUUGUCAUUCAUGGUCUCUUUGCCGUCCUUGCUACCUUCUGCAUUCACUGCCGCUACCGCUACGGGUGAAUCCGACAUCUCUUCUUGAAUUCUCGU